CAGAAAUGGGCCUUAGGAACAAUUCAAGAUGCUUGGAGAAUGUUUAAGUGUCCGUUGAAGAGACGACAUUAUAAACACUAUUCCAAUGACAAAGUUUGAAUGCCAAAAGAGGCCUGAUUAUGUUUCAGAAGUUGAAUUUAAGGUUCUCCUUGAUUAUUCGAACUCCAAAGAGGCUCAA